AUGGCCACUUUUUGUUUGCUGCAAAUUAGCUUUAUGUUGCUGUGCACCACCAACAUCUCAGCUCUGGAUUGUAAUAUUCUUCCCCUCCUGCACAACAAAAUGAUCCAGGGACAUUUACAUGUUCUGAACAAAAUGGGUCAACAAUUUCCCGAGCAAUGUCAAAGUGAGAAAAUGCACUUCCAGUUCCCUGAGAAGUUUCUAAAGCUUAGAAAGAAAGAGAAUGCCAAAGUAGCGAUCCAUGAGAUCCUGCUACAGAUCUUCUAUAUUUUUACCAAACAUCUAACCUUAGUUGCCUGGGAUGGAAGAUCUCUUGAAAGAUUCCAAAAUGGAGUUAAUCAGCAAAUUGAACAUCUGGAUGCAUGUUUGACAGAGAAGAUAGAGAAGAAACAACCCUACUCAAGGAGUGAGGAAAUCAUUAGACUGAAACUGAAAAAGCACUUCCAAAAGUUAGAUAACUUUCUAAAAGACAAACACUACAGCCUGUGUUCCUGGGAGAUCAUCCGCUUGGAAAUUAGGAGAUAUCUUCAUUUUAUUGUCAAAGUUACCAGAAGGCUGAGAAACUAA